AUGAUUCCACAAGAUCUAGCCAAUGAUUUUGUUACCAAUGUCAAAACGACAUACGACACUGCAUUCCAAAAAUGUGAACGAGGGAGAAACGCUCAACUUAACAACUUGAUUUCACCACACGUUCCGACUUGCAACAGACAACAAAAUUGGCUAAAAAAUCUCAGUCACAAACAACUGCCUCCAAGUGUCAGCAACAUCUUAUCACUUGGACAAAAAUUCAACAUAAAACCCAACAAUCAACACAUCAAUUCAGCUCAAAUUAUCGCCAGCCUUGAACCUGAAAUCCAGAAACUCAACGCUAAUGACAAAACUGAAUUGCGACAGAAAGUAGCGAACAUCAUCACAAACUUCAAACAUGCACGCACUAAACGAACCACAAAAGAGCAAGUAUUGCUACAACAAAUGCAAGAAGCCAAAGCGUUCUUGAAAGAGAAUGAGGACAUCCUAGUUGUAAAUGCUGACAAAGGCAACGAAACAGUAGUACUGUCGAAAGAACAAUACCAUUCCAAAAUGAUGGCACAUCUGACAGAUGCAAAUACAUACCUGGUACUGAACAAGGAUCCAACAGCGUCUAUAGAACGGAAUGUCAACGCAUUGCUCACCAAAUGGCAAAACGAAGACAUUAUGACAGACGAAAAAGCCAAAUAUAUGAGAUCGUACACAUCGGUAUGUCCUAAGAUAUAUUUGCAAAUCAAAACGCAUAAAGAAGGCAACCCCGGAAGACCAGUGGUUUCGUUCAUUGAUGCACCUACGUACAAACUAUCCAAAAUGUUCGCCGACAUACUAAAAAAUGUUGUAGGAAAGACGCACCGUACGGUAAGAAAUUCCAGAGAAUUCAAACGCAGGAUAUCCAAAAUACGUUUGCCCAAAGGUUUCGAAAUGAUAUCGUUAGAUGCCACGUCUCUCUUCACUAAUGUGUCCAAGGAAUUGACGAUAAUGGCAAUAAAUACAAAAUGGAAAAACAUCUCCAAAUUCACGAACCUUCCUAAAGAUGAAUUCAUCAAUGGUAUUACGUUAAUUAUGGACAACUGCUGUUUCCAAUACGACAACAUCUUUUACAAACAAAUCUAUGGCUCACCUAUGGGAUCGCCAGUUUCACCACACUUAGCGGAUUUAGUACUUGAAAUCCUACAAGAAAAAGUCAUCAGCAAACUCAGUUUCCAUUUACCAUACUUCUAUCGGUAUGUAGAUGAUAUCAACACAGCGGUUCCCAAGGAAAAGAAAAAAGAGAUUUUGGAUAUGUUUAACAAAUACGAUCACCGGCUUCAGUUCACCAUGGAAGAAGAAAGGAAUAACAAUCUAGCCUUUUUGGACAUUAUGUGCAUUAGAGAGGGACAAGCCAUAAAAACCAACUGGUACCACAAGUCAACUUGGUCGGGCCGGUAUUUGAAUUAUGGUUCACAUCUGCCUAUGCAGUAUAAACGAAACACCAUCUCGAUUCUAACACAAAAGAUCCUAGAACUUGCCGAUCCGGAAUACCAUGCCGAAAACUUUGAACUUCUGCACAAAACGCUUAGUGAAAAUGGUUAUCCCAAGCGAUUCAUCAACGACAUGAUCCAGCAAACGAAGGCAAAAUUCAACCCUUACAAACCAGACGAAAACUUACAUAAAGAAGGUAAAGACAGAUAUAAUAUGGCAGCGAUUCCGUACGUCAGUGGCCUAUUCGAACACCUGAAAUUUGAAAUGAAGAAACAUGACAUCAAACUGGUAGCCAAAGCAGAUAACAAUUUGAAAAUGUCAAUCUUCAGCAGAGUCAAGGACAAAACUCCAAUUUUACAACAAGCCGGAGUGGUAUAUGAAAUUCCUUGUACGUGUGAAAAACGUUAUCUUGGUAUGACCGGCCAAUUGCUAGGAAAAAGGACAUAUCAACACAAACAUGCGAUAGAAACAGGUGAUGAAGGACACAGUGGCCUCUGCGAACAUGCUAUUCAAACUGGACAUAAACCUAGAUGGAGUGGUGUUCGAAUUGUGUACAAAGAAAACAACUGGAAAAAACGUGCAAUCCUAGAGACCAUCGCUAUCAAAAAAUCCAACGGUAACAACCUCAACAAACAGACUGAAAGUCAAUUCUUACCAGUAGCAUACAGCAACAUCAUUUGA